GAUUAUGUUGUGAUUUGUUGAAUCGACUUAUUUAUAUUAAUGAACCGGAACCGAAAUCCAAUUUAGGUCAAUGCAGCUCAUAUGUAGAUGAUCUACUCACGGCUUAUCAGCCGAUGCUUAACCUUUGCGUUUGAUAACUCGUUUAUAAACUGUUGAAAACCGACUACACCCAAAACUCAAGCAGGUUGUCUGGAUAUAGUCCACACCGGGAGACGACAGUGAGACGAUGUCUUGUCAUCGGUUCUUGGGACGCUGUCUGGGGUUUUUAGUGCUUCUUUCCCACACCACAGGACUCGGGAAAGCACAGAGUGAUAAUUCAACGACAUCGGCGACAUCCAGCCAAGCUUAUUUUGCUAAUGACACUUCAAUGACGACAGCCCUGAGCGGGGUUGCCACGGAAAUAACUCCUACUUCUUCACCUUCACUUACAGCGGCAUCGCCAGGUCUUAGCGAGACUUCUGCUGAUUCCAUAAGCACGCUUAUGACAGAAGCUACAACUUUCACGUCUUCUCCAGUGGCUAUUGAGUCAUCAGCUUCCAAUAUCCAAGCAACCAGCGAUGUGUCGCGUGAUGGAGUGACGAUGAAUUCAUUUCAAUCACACACGACUGUCUCAGAUUCUUCUACGUAUUCGCUGGAACCAACAGUGUUAGCUUCAGCCCCCAAAUUUUCCUGA